CUGAGCCGCUGCUGCUCCCCAGCGGGGUGUGUGCGGGGAGAGCCCUUCCCUAGCGCCCCUCUGUGCCCAGCCGGGGGACUUUCUCCGGGGGCUGGAACCAGCCCUUGGGGCAGCUCCGGGCUCUGCCGACACCAGCCCCUGAGCCGGAGCCUGCGGGUGAGGGGAGAGACCCGGCGGAAAGAGCUGGGGCCGGGCAGGAAAGUGACUCUGUACCAACGGCCCCAGUUCUGCUCCCGGGCGGGGCUCUACGGCCCUCCCUGACCCCCUGUUCCCCCGACCCAGCCUUUGCUCCCCUGAGCCCCUGCAGGAACCGAGCCAGCUCCGGGAUAGCGAACGCCCUCAGGCAGAGGCAAUUGUCCCAUCAUCCUGGAACAUGGCUGCAACAGAUCCAAUGACCUUUGAGGAGGUGGCUGUGUAUUUCACAGAGGAGGAAUGGGCUCUGCUGGACUCAGGUCAGAGAGCCCUCUACAGGGACAUCAUGCAGGAGAAUUAUGAGACUGUGACCUCGCUGGGAUUUCCAAUUCCCAAACCUGAUGUGAUCUCCCGGCUGGAACGAGGGGAGGAGCCGUGGGUCCCCAAUCUCCAGGGCUAUGAGAAAAGGGAGAUCCUGAGAGAAGCCCACGUAGCAGGUAAUGCGACACUGAAUAAGAAUGAGGAGAAUCCUCAACAGAAAGUUCCUGAGCAGGUGGAUUCACAUAGGGCGGUAUCAAGGGAAACCAAAGGGGAUGUUUCCCAGGAUCCUGAUCAUGUACAUGCCUGGGAUAGUCAGCACAGGCCAGAGAGGCAAGGUAAAUCCACUCACAAGAGAAGGGGGGCCAACCAAAUCAAAGAUAUUGUUCAGCAGAGAGUCCCUACAGGAGAGAGACCCUACAUGUGCAGUGACUGUGGGAAAAGCUUCCAGUGGAGAUCAGCCCUUAUUACUCACCAGAGAAUCCACACAGGAGAAAAACCCUACAAGUGCCCUGACUGCAAAAAAAGCUUCAGACAGAUCUCAGCCCUUACCUAUCAUCAGAUAAUCCACACGGGAGAGAAACCCUAUAACUGCCCUGACUGUGGGAAAAGAUUCAAUCAGAGCUCACACCUUAUUAAGCAUCAAAGAAUCCAUACUGGUGAGAAACCCUAUAACUGCCCCAACUGCAGGAAAAGCUUCAGUCAGAGCUCACACCUCAUUAUUCACCAGAGAAUCCACACGGGGGAGAAGCCUUUUAAAUGCCUGGAAUGUGGGAAAAGCUUCAGUGUGAGCUCACACCUUGCCGCACAUGAGCGAAUCCACAGGGGAGAGAAACCCUAUAAGUGUUGCAACUGUGAGAAAACCUUCAGUCAGAGCUCAUACCUCAUUAUUCACCAGAGAAUCCACACAGGGGAAAAACCCUUUAAAUGCCCAGAAUGUGGGAAAAGCUUCAGUGCAAGUUCAAACCUUGCUGCACAUCAGAGAAUCCACAAGGGAGAGAAGCCCUAUAGGUGCCCCAACUGUGAGAAAAGCUUCAGUCAGAGAUCAGCCCUCACUAAUCACCAGAGAAUCCACACAGGAGAGAAACCCUACCGAUGCAAUCAGUGUGGGAACAGCUUUAGUCAGAGCUCAAACCUUAUUUCGCAUCAGAGAAUCCACACUGGAGAGAAACCAAACUCAUGUGGUGAGUGUGGGAAGAACUUCCGGUGGAGAUCAGCUCUUAUUGAUCACCAGAGAAUCCACACAGGAGAAAGGCCCUAUCAGUGUGACGAAUGUGGGAGAAGCUUCAGCAGGAGUUCGAACCUCGCUACCCAUCAGAGACUGCACACGGGAGAGAGACCCUACAAAUGUCCCGACUGCGGGAAAGGCUUUAAUCACAGCUCCAAUCUUUCUGCACAUCAGAGAACCCACACAGGAGACUUGCCUUACAAGUGUCCCGAUUGUGGGAAAAGCUACAGCGUGAGCUCCUACCUCCUGAGACAUCAGAAAAUCCACACGGGAGAGAGACCCUAUAAGUGUGAUGAGUGCGAAAAGAGUUUCAGCCAGAGCUCAACCCUUGUUAUCCAUAAGAGAGUGCACACGGCAGAGAAGCCCUAUAAAUGCCUUCAGUGUUGGAAAUGUUUCAGGAACAGCUCUGACCUUAUUAGACACCAGAGAAUCCACACGGGAGAAAGACCUUAUAAAUGCAGCAAGUGUGGGAAAAGUUUCAAUGAGAGCUCGCACCUCACCAGGCAUCAGAAAACCCACACAGGGGAGAGAUCCUAUAAAUGCCUCGAGUGCAAUAAAUGUUUCAAGAACAGCUCCAGGCUCGUUAGACACCAGAGAACCCACACAGGGGAGAAAUCCUAUAAAUGUCCUGACUGUGAGAAAAGCUUCAAUCGGAGCUCAAACCUCAUUGUCCAUCAGAGAUCCCACAUGGAGCAAAAGCCCUACAAGUGCCUGAACUGUGCUAAAACCUUCAGCUGCAGCUCACAGCUGAUCAGGCACCAGAGGAUCCACACAGGAGAGAAACCCUAUAAAUGCCCCGACUGCGGGAAAAGCUUCACCGUA